AUGGAUCAAGACACUUUUAAUGAAUUACUUGAAAUGGUGCGUCCAAUGAUUACAAAGAAAAAUACAGUUAUGCGUCAGGCUGUGUCUGCUGAAGAACGAUUAGCAAUAACAUUAAAAUACCUGACUACGGGCGAAUCAUUCAUUAGCCUAUGUGACGUGUUCAAAGUAUCUCCUCAAAUUAUUUCAUACAUUAUCCCAGAAGUAUGCCAAGCUAUAAUCGAUGGCCUUUCGGAGUAUGUAAAGGUUCCGAGAACUUCAAACGAAUGGAAAAAAGUUGCAGAUAGAUAUCUGAAUAGAUGGAAUGUUCCUAAUUGCCUUGGAUCAAUGGACGGAAAACACGUAAAAAUUCAAUGUCCACCAAGAAGUGGAAGUGAAUAUUUUAACUAUAAAACUUAUUUCAGUAUUGUACUAUUUGCAUUAGUGGAUGCAGAUUACAAGUUUUUAUACGCUAAUGUGGGAUGUCAGGGUCGUAUUUCAGAUGGCGGUGUUUUUAAUAACUCUGCGUUAUGCAGAAUGUUAAAUAACAAUUCUUUAAAUUUGCCGGACAACAAACCUCUACCUGGGAGAAAUGUACCAGUGCCAUAUUUUUUUUUGGGUGAUGAUGCUUUUGCAUUACAAACCCACAUUAUAAAACCUUACAAUGGUAAUCACACAAAAAGAUCUCCCAAAAGAGUUUUCAACUAUCGUAUAUGUCGAGGACGAAGAGUAGUUGAAAAUGUGUUUGGGCAGUUAACCAGCAAAUUUCAAAUAUUCAAAAGACCUAUCCAGCUAUGUCCACAAAAAACUGCUAUUGUGACAUUGGCCUGUGUACAUUUGUUCAAUUAUAUAAAAAAAAAAUAUACAGCGAAACGAAUAUGAUUCUGAAAAUGAUAACGGAGAAAUCAUACCAGGUGAAUGGCGCACAGUAAUUCCUGAAAAUAAUUGUUUUGUUGCCUUGCCAAGAGAGGUCAAUACAAAUCUGUGUCCUGAAGAUACAAGGAACGAGUUGGUUGAAUAUUUUCUCUCCGAUGUCGGAAGCUUAGAAUGGCAGUAUGAUCAAUGAUCAAUUUAAUCAACAUCUAAAUUUAAAGAUUUAAUAAAAAACAUAAUAAUGAUAGUUAUAUUUUAAUUUGUGUUUACAAUUAGUGACUCUUACUUAAUCAUAACAUUUCAAAAGACAGAUUUAUUUCAUGAUUACUUUUCUCAUGCUAAGCUAUAUUUAUUUCAAAUUAUAACAAUAUAAUAAAGAUCUUAAAGAAAGAAAAUUAUUUUUCAUGUAGGGAUUUAAAAACGUUCUCUAAAUCUUGGCUGCUUAUACGUUCACUAUUAGAACUUUCAUCAAGCGCUACUGGUACUGAAGAUUCAACUCCAGGAAGUUGCGGAUGAGGGCUUAUGUUGAUGGGAUAUAGAGAUGAAGGGUUUGUAUUUGGCUGAUUAUCAGGAUUUGUGGUGGUAGAAUGCUGAUGAUUCGGGCUCGUUAUAGUAGAAUAUACAGAUGAUGAGCGGUUAGAAGGAUAUGCAUUUGGCUGAUCAUUUGGAGAACCUGUAUAGUAACCUGGAUGACUACGGGAGCUAGAGGGUCUUGCGUAAUCUGCAUACAUAUCUGUGUGAUAUCCAAUUUCGGUUUCAAAAAUAAUGUUAUUAAUUCGAUGUUUUACUAUUGCAUUUGUUGCUUUAUCCAUUUUUCUCAGUUUUGCUGCAAUAUAUUCUCCAAAAAGAGUGUCUUCAUCUUUUUCUUGUGUUUGAUUUUGUCGAUCGGAGACAGAUUUCAUAAUAUUCAGAGCUUGUGAAAUCAUUUCAUUGUUUAGAUUUUUUCUGGGACGUUUAAUCGUGUCAUCGGCAAAUGAAUGAGAUGAAUCAUUUUGCUGGGGUUGUACAACACUGCUCUCGUUUGAUGUCUCCUGAAAUUAAAAUAUUUUUAAUCUGUUGUAUUGUGUUACAUAGAAAGUAAAGAUAAAUAAUUUAGUCAAGAUUUAAAUCGGAUGUAUACAGGGUUAUUUUAUGAACAGUGAGCAUACGUAAAAUAUUGUAUCAUGUGUAUGUGUGUCGAUAAUGGAACAUAUGAAGCGAAAAAAAACAUUUUUUUUUCAAUGAUAUUUUUAUUUUAUUCCCUUUAAAAUAUCUUAAAGCACGGUGACCUUGUGGAAGUAACAAACAAGGACAUUUGUAACAAAGUAAAAACCCUAAAGCCGGGUCCACUGCGCAUUGUUACGAACAAUAUAUUGUUUUGCUAACAUGUUAGUUAAACCGUCCACUGCGAUUUUCGAGUAUAGACAAUUUUAGUUAGUAACAUAUAUUUUUAAAAUGAGUUCCGACGAGGAAGACGUGUUCACAGUUUUGGCAAUAGUGGAUUUAAUUCUUUAGUUCUAGUGAAUUUUUAUGCUCAUAGAAAGAGCGUCCCAAAUAACGGGUCUUUCCCGUAUUAAUUGUAUAAAAUAAAAAGUAUUCUCCAUAAUCAAAUCCAUUAAACCGAUAGACUAAACAAAAAAAUUUGACGAGUUGUCUCUGGCGAGCACAAAUCCGAAAUGAAUUAAAAUGUCCCCCCGGCCCCCCCGCAGGCGAACGCGGGGAUGUUAUCCAUCCGACUCUGCAAACAAAAACACUUUCAAAACAGUUAGGCCACGCCCCCAAAUAGCAUGACCUUGGUUAUAAUUUAAUGUUUGUGUUAGCAAAACACGAUAAAAUGGCGCAGCGGACCCGGCUUAAUGGGAACUAAAAAACACGUUUUGUCUUAAAUUCGAUGAACAAUAUGUACAUUCGAAUAACCCUGUAUAACACUAUGGUGGGUCAGCACUUUUGAACUUGUUCUCUUCUGUACAAUAAAAAAUUUUGGAUAAAAAUUA